GUAUCGCAUUUUAGUCAUUAAUCACAUGCUACCUAGUUGUAGUGUCUACUGUGUUACAACUGUUGUUUGUUUUGAUUAUGGUCUGAUAAAAUCGUGGGCGGAUAAUGAUAUGUUGUGUGUCUUUAAUUUAAGUUUUAUUAUUUUUACUGUUUAGAAUUUUAGAAUUUAAAGUCUUAUAGAUAGUCUAGUUUAAUAGUCUUUUUAGCUCGAGAGGAUUAUCAAAUUUAUUAUUUAAUAUUAUGAUCACUUUCUGUUCCUGAAUUAAUCAUAUUAUAUUUAUUAAUUCGUUUAAAACCACCAUGACUGCUGAUAGAAGAACUACAGACUAUCGUUUACAACUUUUACAAGAAAUGCGAUGUCAGAAUUAUGAUAUGAUACGUUUUGCAUCUUAUAGAACGGCAUGUAAACUUAGAUAUGUGCAAAAAAAAGUUUAUUUACACAUGAUUGAUAUAUGGAAUGUAAUCGAAGCAUUUCGUGAAAAUGGAUUAAAUACACUAGAGUCUCACGUCGAAGUAAAUGUUUCCAAAUUUGAGACGCUUUUAACUAGUCUGUAUCUUAAUUUGAAUAAACGAUUACCAACUCAACAACGUGUACAUGAUGAUUUAUUAACUACAAUUCUUCUGAAUUGGAUUAUGUCAGUUUAUUCUGCUAAUGAUACUAUGGGAAGAAUAAGAGUAUUAUCUAUAAAAGUAGCUUUGGUUACAAUGUGUUCAGGGAAACUCAUGGAUAAACUUAGAUAUAUAUUUUCGCAAAUAUGUGACCAAAAUGGACAUAUGGUAGCUUGGAAAUUUCGAGAAUAUUUACAAGAAGUAUUAGUACUUCCUUCAGCUGUAUAUGAAUCACCUUCUUUUCAUUAUAGUGAUCAGAUAUCAGCUGAAAUAUUUUCUGGGAAUGGUAAAGUAACUGUAAAUGAUUUUAUGGAUUCAAUGAUGUCAGAUCCUGGACCGGCUUGUCUUGUAUGGUUACCAUUAUUGCAUCGAUUAGCUAGUGUUGAAAAUGUUACUCAUCCUAUUUCUUGUGAUGCUUGUCGACGUGAUAAUUUUACUGGAUUUCGAUAUCGUUGUCAAAAAUGUCAUAAUUUUCAAAUGUGUCAAGAAUGCUUUUGGAGAGGACGAGUUGCAUCUAGUCAUACAAUUGAACAUGAUGUUAAAGAGUAUACUAGUUAUAAAUCUCCAAGUAAACAAAUUGGACAUUCUCUUCGAAAAUCAUUUCGUUGUGUACCAGAAAAAGAAAAGGCUAAUAUACCUCGCUUUCCUGAGGAACCAGAAAAGACUAUUAAUUUAUCUCAUAUAAUACCUCCAUCACCUUUACCAUGCCAUAAUGGUUUUUCUGAAUUAUCUAUUAGUAGUCAAUUUAAUACAUUGGAUAGUAAAACAAGUUCAAGAAGCCCUGAUAAGCGCACAAUGAGUUUAGAUUAUACUUCAAUGGAUGAUGAACAUAAAUUAAUUGCACGUUAUGCUGCACGACUAGCUGCUGAAGCUAAAGUAGGCAGAGCUCCAUCAGAAGGUUCUUUAAGUUUGGAUACUUCUAGAGCUCAAAGAGAACUUAUUAUUCAACUUGAAUCUAAAAAUAGAGAAAUUAUGAAAGAAAUUUCAAGACUUAGAAAACAACAAGAAAUGGAAGGUUUUUGUUCUGGAUUAUCUGAAGAUAAUCCAGCACUUAUGAGUGAGCUUCGGGCAUUGAGAAAUAGAAAACAUGAAUUAGAAUCACAUUUAACAUCUUUACAGGAUUCUAGAAGACAAUUAAUGGACCAAUUGGAAGGAUUAAUGAAACUUCUGAAAAAUCAUCAAGGGUCUCCACGUUCAACUCCAAAUUCAUCACCACGCUCAACUAAAUCUCCUCCUUCCUCUAAAUCAGCUCCUCCUACACCCGGUGGAACGCUGACUUCAGCUUCAUCACUGUCUAUCAUGUCUAUAUCUGACUCAUUAAUGGCUGGAGAUGUAAGAUCAGCAUUUACUGGCAACUCUUUAGCAUGUACGCCUGUUAGUACAUCUAGUUCAAAUUCUGGUACAAGUGGUUCUGUGACAAAUGUCAAUCGAAGUUUAAGAAACGAUUUAUUAGUGGCUGCAGAUUCAGUAACAAAUGCUAUGUCAUCAUUAGUGAAGGAGUUAAACUCGGAUAGCCCAGUGAAUGAAAAUAUAUCCAACUCUGCAAUUCUCAAACCAUUAGGCUAUAAUAAAAAAGAAGAUGAAAAUAUAAAAAUUAAUAAAGAUUUUAGGAGUGAUAGUUUAUCUAGAAGUCAAUAUAAUAAGGCGAAGAUGCAAAAUAAUCAAACAGAUAGUUGUACAUCUCCUGCUAAUAUGAGACGUACUACUAAUUCUGGUUCAAAAACUAAUUCUCCAGAAACUGAUUCAAUGACAAGAUGGCGAUAA